AUGUCGGUAAAACGUAAGUAUGAUUUUGAUCAAGUUGAUUCAUCUGCAUCCACAACAUCAUUAUGUACCGGGGAUGGAUCAACGACAACAUCAUCUAUAACAACAGCAAAAUAUAUUAAAACUGAACCACUUCUUCAUCGAGUAUCAUCGAAUAAUAUUUUCUAUAAUCAUAAUUCACCAUCCAACGAUCAUAAUGAUCAUGUCAAUAUCAGUAAUAGUCCACCUUUAUCAAAUACUCAAGAAUCACAUGGCGAUCAUAUUGAAUCAAAUAUUCAUAAUAAUGAAACAAUAAUACCUGCAUCACCAACAAAUAAUAAUAAUAAUAAUAUUAAAACUAAUGAAAAAUAUUCAACUAAUACAAUACCUUCAAGUGAAUCUCGUCCAGAAAUAAAAGAAAUACCAUCUGAUUUAAAUCAACCACAACGAAAACGUCGUAAAAAUAUUCCAUCAUCAAAAAUAUCUCGAUCAUCAAUACCAUCAUCAUUAUCAACAACAACAACAACAACAAUGAUAUCAAAUAAUAAUAUAAAACUUGAAAAAAAUAUUCCACAAUUACCUACAAUUCCAACUAAUACAAUAUCAACAACAAAAACAAAUAUAACAAUGAUAUUUAAUUUAAUACGUUCAUUAUUAGAAGAAAAACAAUUUGAUAAUAAUGAUGAAAAUUUAAUAUCAACUAUUGAUUGUCUUAUUAAUAGUUUACAACAUUUACGUGAAAGAAUAAAUACAAAUGAAACAAAUAAUAAUAAUAAUAAUGAAAACAAUUCUUCAAUAAGAAAUUUUCAUAAUGAUGAUACAAUUCCAUUAAAUUUAUCAAAACCAAAAAUAAGACAUCAAACACGUUUAGCAUCAACAAAUAGUGAUGAUAUGAGUCCAAGUACAACAACAGUCAGUUCACCAUCACCAUCAGCACCAACUUUAUCAUUAGCAUCAACACUUUUUCCUUCACAAGCACUUUUUUAUGAGAAGCCUUUUUUUCCUCCAUUUGCAAUUCCUAAUAUGACUCAAUUACAAAAUUAUUUAAAAUUAUCAGCUGGAUCAGUAUCUAAUGAUUCAUUAAAUUCAAAAAAUGGAGAAAAUGGUUCUUCACGUUGUUCAUUAUCGCUUCCAUUUGUUGCUGGUCUAAAUAUGUGUACUUUUCCGCCGACAUCCAAUCAUCUCUCACAUCAUUCAAAUUUAUCAACAUCAUCACAUGAAACAGUACAUAUGAAUAAUAAUAAUAAUAAUAGCCAUCAUAAUAACAACAACAACAACAACAACAGUCAUCACUAUCGCGAUUCGUCCAUUGACAAAGACUCGUCAUUAGCUCGUCACAUAUCAACAAAUCGAAAGGAACGAAAUCAUCAUCAUCAUCAGCAUCAUACAUCAUCGAAUAGUUCAUCAAUUUUAACAAAUAAGAAUGGAAAUAAUGAAAUAAAUUCAACAGGUACAACAUCUUCAUCACCAGCAUCAUCUAAUGAUCAUAUAAAACGACCAAUGAAUGCAUUUAUGGUUUGGGCACGUGAAGAACGACGAAAAAUUUUAAAAGCAUGUCCUGAUAUGCAUAAUUCAAGUAUAAGUAAAAUCUUAGGUGCUCGAUGGAAAGCAAUGAGUAAUGAAGAAAAACAACCAUAUUAUGAAGAACAAUCACGUUUAAGUAAAGUUCACAUGGAAAAAUAUCCUGAUUAUCGAUAUAGACCGCGACCGAAACGAACAUGUGUCAUCGACGGUAAGAAAAUGCGUUGGUCAGAAUAUAAACAAAUGUUAAAACAACGAAAACAUAGUCCAUUUGAUGAUCGAUCAUCACCUGAUGGAAAUCAUUAUCUAAGUAUAAAAGAAGAUGAUGAUGAUGACGUUGUUGAUGACGAUGAUGAAUGUAGUACAGAUGGUAGUGACAAUUCUCAAAAGGCGCUUAUUUUUGCUGAUUAA